CAAUAAAAACGACCUUACCUAUAUGAUCCAAAAAUUAUCAAUACUAUCCACUUGCCCAAGUUGGAAUCAUUCUCUUUUUAACAAGUGCUUGGAAUGUCAUCUGACAUUCCUUCUCAAUCCAUAUUGGAAAGCAGCAGACUUAGUCAAGGCUUUCUUCUAUAUAUAUAUAUAUAUAUAUAUAUAUAUAUAACUCCUCCUUACUGCAUUCAAAUCAUCCAUAUCUAGCAAAAACCAAAAGCAACCCAAAAUCUCAAGCCAAUAAUCUCUAGCAAGUUAGCAGCAAUCUAUCAGAAAGCAAAAACACAUUUUUCAAAAGAAAUGGAGAAGAUACAGCACAUAAGAGUACCCACAAACGGUAUCAACAUGCAUGUAGCAACAAUAGGGACAGGUCCAGCAAUUCUCUUCUUGCAUGGAUUCCCUGAGCUCUGGUAUUCAUGGCGACACCAACUCCUUCAUUUAUCUGCACUUGGCUAUCGUUGCAUAGCCCCUGACCUUCGUGGCUAUGGUGACACCGAUGUUCCUGCAUCAGUCAGCGAGUACACAGGGUUCCACAUAGUCGGUGACCUUAUUGGUCUUCUUGACGCAUUGGGAAUCGAGCAAGUGUUUUUGGUUGGCCAUGACUGGGGCUCCAUCAUCGCCUGGUACUUUUGCUUGUUUAGACCUGACAGAAUCAAGGCCUUAGUCAAUACCAGCGUUGCCUUCACACCGAGGUUCCCACAACUGCUAAAUCCUGUGGAGAAUCUCAGGGCUAUCAUUGGCGACGAUUACUAUGUCUGCAGGUUUCAGGGACCUAUAGAACAUGAGGCACAGUUUGCUGGAGUUAAUACAGCAAGCCUUCUAAGAAGUAUUUAUACAGCUCGGGAUCCAAAACCGCCUCGCAUCCCGAAAAACAUAGCAUACGAAUCAUUAUUCCCAGAUUCUCUAUGCAGCUUGCCCUCUUGGCUUUCUGAGGAAGACAUCGAUUAUUUCGCUACCAAAUUUAAACAGACAGGAUUUACAGGAGGAUUAAAUUAUUACAGAAACCUCAAGUCAACCUGGGAGCUGAUGGCUCCGUGGACAGGGCAACAGGUGAAAGUACCAGUAAAAUUCAUAGUGGGGGAUCUGGACACAGCUUAUAAUCUUCCUGGUGUGAAAGAAUAUGUAAAUAAUGGUGGAUUUAAAAACGAUGUGCCGCUUUUGGAAGAAGUGGUGAUAAUGGAAGGAGUGGCCCAUUUCAUUAUCCAAGAAAAGGCUCAGGAAAUCAGCCAGCAUAUUUAUGAUUUCAUCAAAAAGUUCUGAUCUUUUACAGACUAUACAAAUCGUCUCCACGAUUUCUUUAUUCUUUUGUUAAUUUUAAGAGUUGUAACGCACUCAAAAUUGUAUUGAUUUUCUAAUUUAUAAUAAUUCUUCACUUUUCAUCGAUUCAAA